AUGGGUUCGCGUUGGGAGAACCUCGGCCAUUCCGAGCAGGAGCUGCAACGAAUGGCAAUUGCUACGACGUGAGUUGUGAUCUUUUGUUAUGUACACUGCUGAACAAAACGUAAAACAAUAAGAUUUUUUUUUAAUUGUAGUUAACCAGCCUCGCCUCCUUACGUUUUUUAAUACAUACAAAUUUCAUAUUUUUUAUAUUAUACAUAAUUCAAAAGUAUUCCAUCAAUUUUCUGAUUUCCAAGAGUAAAAAAUCUCUCAUUACGACGCGUUUUUGUGAGCAUUUGGCAAACAGUAAUUUAUAAUUUUUCGUAUAACAGUUAUAAUCUUUUCUUGGAGUAGGAUUUUUAAAUAUUGUAGUGCGAAGAGCUCCAGCCGUAUUUUACCAUUAUUUUUCAGAACUCUUGAACCUACUGCAACAAAUUCCGUCCAACAGAUGAUCGAGUCGUUCGUCCGACAAGAAAUUUUACCCGGUAAGAAAAAAUUCUUUUAUUGUUUGCAAUUACGUAUCUUUACGCUGAAAAAGAUUUUUAGACCUUCUGUUCCGUAUUUUACCAUCACUAUUUAUACAUAUGAAAAAAGACACAAUUUUGGCAGGAGGUUUAAAAAAUGGGCUAUUGCUCUUACAUUUGUUAGCGUAAUAGUGGAAAUGGUCCAAAAUUUUAGUCCAAGAUUUACGGAUGAGAAAUUUCGAAUUGUUUGCUAUAAAAAGAUCGUUGUAGACUAGUUCGCACAGAGAUUUCUUACAGCUGUAAGGCAAAUACGGCGUUGCAGAUCACCUUGCCAAAAUUGAAAUUCUCCGUUCUGCAAUAUUCGUAUUUCACCUCCUUCCUUUCAGACAAUCAAUUUCUUUGCCAUUACCGAAAACUCAGAAGCCCCCAGCCGAUCCAGUUGAUCUGUGAUCUCGGCUGUUGCCCGAAUGGCUGCUGUGGGAUCGAGGAUUUGGCCAGAAGUUCGGUUGGCUAUGGCUGGGCCAUAGGACUGCUUGGACUCUUCGUUGUGCUAGUAAUAUUUGUCAGCAUCAUCUACCUGUUACAUUCGUUUAUUAAGAAGAAAAAGACGCCGUUAUAUCAACAUGGAAUCUAUGGGAGUGAAAACUCGCAAGUUGGCGGGAUUUAUUACACUUCUGGCCAUCUCUCACCUCAACAUAAAAAUCAUUUCUACCCUACAAGUAUUUAUUAA